AUGUCGCGGUCAAGGUCGAGGAACGGCCGCAGCUCGAGCCGCUCGGCGUCGUCGCCGCGUCGCGCCUCCAGCCGCAGCUCGUCGCGCGGCUCCCCCUGGCGGCCGCCGAACGAACUAACCGCCGCCGCGUCGUCGUCGCUAGGCAACGGCGUCGCCGGGCGACCGAACGGCUGGGCGGCGGCGUCUGCCGGCUCGAGCGCCGAGCGGGGAAGCCGGGACGGCGGGAGAGGAGACGCUCGGUCGCCGCCGACUCCCGCCGUCAGGGUGGCGUCGCCGUCGAGGUCACGAUCAAGGUCGCCGACUCUGCCCGCCCGCUCAAAAUCGCGGUCGCCGCCGGGGGUCGCCGGCAGGGGGCAGUGCGGUCGCGGCGGGAAGCGGAGGCGGAAGAGGAGGGGCGGGCGCGCGCGGCGGCGGCGCGGGAAGAACAGGGUCCGGCGGAAGCGGCGGGCACGCGCCGGGAGGAAGGGCGCGAAGGGGAAGCAGCCGGGAAACAACAACAACAACAACAACAACAACAACAACAACAACAACAACAACAACAACAACAACUGCCGCAGCCGCAGCAGAAGUCGUUCCCGCUCCCGCAGCCGCAGCCACAGCAGCCGGGGUCGCAGUAAAACCCGAAGCAAGACUCGCAGCAGCAGCGGCGGCAGCAGCAGCCGCUCCCGUCGUGCCCCGCUCAGCCGCAGCCGAUCUCGCAGCUCGGCGGGGUCAAGGUCGAAGAGCCGCACACGGUCAAGGUCGGGCAGUCGCUCGCCGAGUCGCUCCCGCUCGAGGUCGCGCCGGAAGUCGAGGUCACGGUCAAGGACGCGGACAAGGUCACGGUCCCGCACGCGCUCGUUCAGCCGAUCGAGGUCACGCAGCAAGAGCCGGCGGAAGUCGUGGUCGGGCUCACGCUCCCGCUCGCGGUCAAGGUCAAGAUCAAGGUCACGCUCUACGUCACGCUCGCGCUCACGCUCCAAGCCUCGCUCGCGCACGCGCUCCCGGAGUCAGAGUUCGUCUGCGGCGGGUAGGGUGGCGGGAAAGAAGCGCAGGCUGAGGAAGCGCGUGUCGCCAUCCUUCAAGUCCCGCCGGCGCAUCACGAGGUAA